UUUUUUGUUUUCAAAAUUUGAGCGUUUUUGUUGUUGUAAUUGUAAUGUAGCCCGAAGUCGAAGAAGGUGAAGAGUCUCGCAUCUUCAGGAAAAAUUUUGGCACUGUCUACUGCUGGGAAGAAGAAAGAGAAAGAUGGUGAUUAUGAUCCAAGAUGUGAUAAAUCCUUGUCUAAGAAGAAAGGCAAAUCUGAUUUAUCACCAAUCAAGUUUUCAUUUUCAAGAUCUAAUCCCGAUCAACAGAAAGACACAUUUGAUAGAUCGAAUUUCACUGAGCAAGAAAUAAAGUCAAUUAAUCUACAAGUAUUGUCAGACUAUUCCCAUUUAAAUGAAGUGGUUAGUAAUUUGAGUGAUGAGCAAAAAAGAGACAUUAGGGAUAUUGGGUUUGGGAGUCUCUUAGAUAUUAGGAUAAAGAAGUUUUGUCCUAAUCUGAAUUUGGAGGUGUUGUUGAAUUACAAUGCAUCUGGAAUGAUGUUUUCAACAAAGAAUGGUAAACUGAUUUUUAAUAAGUUUACCAGUAGUGAUGUUUUGGGGUUACCUGUGUCAGAUAGAGCAGUAGAGGUUAUAGAUGAUGACGCCUUUAGGAGGAAAGGUAGUCAGAUAGAGGCUGGAAGUGCCAGGAAGGAUUGUCAUAGGUUUCUUGGUAUUUCUGAUCCCAAGAAGGUAUAUAUUGGUAGAAAAAAUUAGGAUGAUUUGUUUAAGAAAUAUGAAUCCGGGGAUGAUUUCAAGAAGUUAUUUGUUAUCUUUUCGUUGUCCAAGCUUCUAUGUCCUAUAGCUGAUUUAGGGCCUGUGCUGAAAUGUGCCAAGAGUUUAGAAGAUGCAUCUGCAAUUUCAAGUUAUGACUGGUGUGGAUAUAUAUUGAGAAGUCUUUGUGCUGCUGUUUUGGACUGUCAUCAGUCUAUUAUGAUGAAGAAGAAUGAGCUUGGACAGAAGAAAGUAUCAUUCAAGCUUCGGGGAUGCGUUAGCGCUUUGACUCUUGCUGUUAUUCACAACUUCAAGUGUCGUAAUCUGGAUUAUUCAAAUGUCAGUAAGCCAUUUAUCAGUUAUUGGCAGGAAGAGAAGGAUUUGAGUGAUGUUGUGAAGCAGUUUGAGAUCAACAUGGAUUUUAUUCUGCCGGUGAAGCGUGAAAAACAGAAGGUUGAGUUUAAAACUCCCAGUGUUAGUGUUGCUAGUAGGAAGUCUGGUUCUCCUAUAAUUAAGGUGGUUGAGGGUCCAUCACCUUCAACUAGGCAGCUUAUCAUGGAUCUUCCUCAUAGUUUGAUGACUGAUGAGGAAAUAGAUGCUCUUGAUGUUCCUGAAUAUGUGAAGAACAUGCACAAGUUGAAGAGGAAUGCGCUUGCAUUCUGUCAAGUGAAUUUGGAGAUUGCCCAGAAUAUUCGGGAGGAAGGCGAGAAGCUGUCUCAAGACAGUAUUUCUCUGGAUGAUAGUGAAGUAUUUAACCCAGAUUUUCUGAGUCAAAUUGACGACAUAUGCAAGCGUCAUUUGGAAGCGAAAGACAGUGCAAACAAAGUUGAUCCUACAAUUUCACUAUUGGUGAAGCGGCCUGUUGAAUUGGAGUUUGGAAGAAUUGAAAAUGUUCCUGAUUUGGAUUCUGGUGUUCAUGGAGUUGAUUUGAAAGAAUGAAGUAA